AUAAACAUAAUUAAAUGAACCGUUACCCAUUUUCGCUAAUCUAGUCUAGAAAUAAAAGGUGUAGCUUGGUUUUGUUUAUCUACAUACUUUACACCUUUACGGCUAUACCAUAAGAGAUUAAGAGAUGUUGCUGUUCUUUCCCUUACUAGCAAUCUUCUCCCUCACCAUAAUAUAUUUGUUUCUUCUUCCAAAGCACACUAAAAAUAAUGAGCCAUUACUUCAUCCUCCUCCUGGACCUAAAGGAAUCCCUUUCAUUGGAAACCUACACCAAUUCGACGCCUCGAAACCUCAUGUAUACCUUGCUGAGCUUGCUAAGACAUAUGGUCCAAUCAUAAGCUUGAGAUUCGGACGUGUGCCGGUUGUUGCGGUUCAUUCAGCCAAACUAGCCAAAGAGGUCCUUCAAACACAAGACCUUAACUUUUGUAGUAGACCACCCUUGGUUAGUAUGCAAAGGCUAAGUUAUAAUGGAUUAGACAUGGCUUUUGCUCCAUAUAAUGAGUAUCUAAGAGAAAUAAGGAAGAUAAGUAUUGUUCAUCUCCUUAGCUCUAAGAGAGUAGAUUCUUUUGCUCCGAUUCGACAAGAAGAAGUCUCAAGGGUGAUGAAGAAGAUCUCCUCUCUUUCUUCAGCUUCCAAAAUUGUUAAUCUAAGUGAACUGCUUAUGGGGUUUUCAGCUUCGAAUAUAUGUAGGAUUGCUUUUGGCAAAAGGUGCGAAGAUGAUGAAGGGUUAUCAAGGAGGAGCAAAUUCCAUAGCAUGUUAAAUGAAGCACAAGCCAUGUUCACAAGCUUCUUCUUUAGUGAUUAUUUUCCUACUAUUGGGUGGCUUGAUAAACUAAGUGGAAAGUUUUCUAGACUUGAGAAGAUAUUUAAGGAUAUGGAUGCAUUUUAUGAAGAGAUCAUAAAUGACCAUCUUGCCCCUAACAAGCCUAAAUCUGAGAGGGAGGAUAUAAUUGACAUUCUACUCCGCCUUAGAGAACAUCAUCCCUCUUAUCAACUCACUUUGGACCACAUCAAAGCAAUUUUAAUGAAUAUAUUUGUUGCGGGAGCAGAUACAAGUGUAGUGAUGGUUGUUUGGGCAAUGACGGAGUUAAUAAAACACCCGGAAUCAAUGAACAAAGUACAAGAAGAGCUUAGGAAUGCUAUUCAAAACACGAAUUGCAUCAACAAAUGUAACUUUAAGGAGCUUAAAUACUUUCAAGCAGUGAUGAAGGAAACAUUUAGGCUACACCCUGCAGGGCCACUAUUAGUUGUUCGCGAAACAAUUCAAAAAACCAAGAUUGAAGGGUAUGAUAUUCUACCCGGAACAUUAGUACAUGUGAACGCGUGGGCUAUUGGAAGAGAUCCCGAGUCUUGGAUAGAUCCUGAAAAAUUCAUGCCUGAAAGGUUUUUAGAAAGUACAAUAGAUUUCAAAGGAUGUGACUUUGAGCUAAUUCCUUUCGGGGCUGGAAGAAGAAUAUGUCCUGGUUUACAUCUCGGUGUUGCUAAUGUGGAGCUCGUACUUGCCAAUUUGUUGCACUCGUUCGAUUGGGAAUUGCCUAGUGGUGUUAAGAAAGAGGACAUUGACACUGAUGUUCUUCCUGGUAUUGCUAUGCAUAAGAAAAAUCCAUUAUGCCUAGUGGCUAAAAAAUAUUAGGGCUAAAUAAAACCUUAAUUUGAUGUUCAAAAUAAACCUAGGGUUUUAUCUGUUAUGUAUUAUUGUAUAAGUAUUUAUUGUACAAUAUUGAACCAUGAAAAUAAGUCAUAGGACAAUAUUAACGAUAUGGUCCUCGAGCAUCACCGGACAAAAAUGUGUGUUAUAUAUAUAGUGUAUUUUUGCAAGUAA